GAUAAGAGUUUAAAGGAAACAUUAUCUAAGACUAAAGUCCCUCAACUUUUUAAUAGUACCUCUGCCAGUUCAGACAGGCAGGCAGACAGACAGACAGACAGAUGGACACUAUACAUAUGGAUGCCAUUAUGUUCUGUUGUUUUCUGUCCGUGUCCCCAGGUGAAAGGUAGUGGUAACUGUGGUGUAAGAGAGCUUCAGAGAUUCGCUCUCUGAACUAUCCCUGCUCACUGACAGUACGCACUAGCCCUCUCGCUGGCAGUACACACACACAUACGCACACACACUACACAUGCACACAUACACGCGCACACACACACACACACAACUGAUGACCGACAAGUAAACAGGUGUAUCUCUGUCCUCAUUCACAUGGGUCACCCUAACCUGGCAACCCUCACUCUUCUGUUUGAACUUCAGUGCUACACCUGAUAAGGGAUGAGCUUUACUAAUGUAGAGAAUCACACAGCCAGAGAGAGCAAAAAUAAAGGAGAGAGGAUACAGGAGCUCUGUCUCAUUGAAGAAGAACAGACUGAGAGAGAGGAGGGUUUGGAAUUGAGUUGAUCUGAAAUUGAACUAAGGAUGAGGUUAGGAUUGAGACGCUGGCCCCCUCCUCUCUUUGUCCUGCUGGUGUCCGUAUCUCUGGCUCUCCAUCUGGUCCUCGCCCUCCUGUCCCUCCUGGUCCUCCAGCGGCCCUGUGACCCCCAUUCCCCUCUCAGAACCAACGCCUUCCCCCAUCCCACCAACUCCAACCUCACCGCAGCGAAGGCUGGCUCGCCCAAGCUGAGCCCCGAUUCCCGAAAUGCAGGCUCGUCAAGGAAAAUGGACAGCAACCAGAACCCCCGUGCGGCCGGAAAGGAGGGGCACGCAUUCUCGCCCCCUGACAGGACGGGGUACCCCGUCUCCUCAGGCAGGAGCGUGGGCUCGAGCCCCUCCAAACUGCAGGCCCUCUUCAGCCACCCUCUGUACAACCUGCCACGCCCGCCAAUCCAGGAAGACGAUUGGCUGCUGAGAGUGAAGCCGAAGGUGAAGGACAACGAGAGAGACAGCACACAGGAGUGGAUAAGCGACAGUGAGGACGGGUACGACGCGGCCCACUGGGACAGCACCACGGAGUCGCACCCCCCCUGGCUCCGCUUCCACCUGGGAAUCUCUCGCUGGCAGCUCUACGACAGGAAGGACACCGACCUGCAGGCGCUGCUGGAACAGCUGGCCACCCACCGCAUCGUCAGCGCAGUACAAAAACCAGGCGGAACUCAACUCAAGCUGGUCAUGUCUUUCCCAAACUACGGCCAGGCACUCUUCAAACCCAAGAAGCAGGACAGGGACGCAGAGACAGACUUCAACUUGUUCUACUUCUCUGACUUUGAGAGACACAAUGCCGAGAUUGCUGCCUUUCACCUGGACAGGUUGCUUGGUUUUCAGCGAAUACCACCAGUUGUCGGUAGGCUGAUCAACGUCACUGCAGAGAUCAAAGACAUCACCACUGACCGCAAACUGGCCCGGACCUUCUACACCUCCCCUGUGGGUAACGUGUGUUUCUACGGCCAGUGUUCGUAUUACUGCUCGACUGAGCAUGCGGUGUGCGGCCGUCCCUUAGCCCUGGAAGCCUCGCUGGCCGCCAUGUUGCCCGACCUCUCCCUGGCGCAGAGGAGGUCCUGGAGGAGCCCGUGGAGGCGGUCGUACAGCCGGAGCAAACUAGCACAAUGGGAAAAAGAGCCAAACUUCUGCACAACUGUGAAAAAGACCCCUCCCUACAACAAAGGCACCCGACUUGUGGACCUGAUAGACAUGGCCAUACUGGACUUUCUCAUGAGUAACAUGGACAGGCACCAUUACGAGACCUUUGAGAAAUUUGGCAACAACACUUUUCUGCUGCACUUGGACAAUGGGCGGGCGUUUGGCCGUCACUCUCGUGAUGAACCCUCUGUUCUGGCUCCUCUGGAGCAGUGCUGCAGGAUCCGGCGCUCUACCCUCCUGCGCCUGCAGCUCCUGUCCCGCCCUCAGUACCGCCUCAGCGACGUCAUGCGCGCGUCGCUGUCCCAGGACCCGCUGACCGCCGUCGCCCCUCUCCUCUCCGAGCCGCACCUCUCCGCCUUGGACCGGCGCCUCGACGCCGUCCUCCAAACCGUGCGCCGUUGCCAAGGGCGUCGCCGCAGCGUCGGGCGCAGUGAUGACGUCGUCUAUGACGACAUGGCGGGCUACGCGGGCGGUGACACUCCAGCCAGGCUGUGAGGUCAUUCGCGCUGCCAGCUGCGCCACUGCAGCUCUGCAAAUUACGCAGGGAUGCUCUGACCCUGAACACAACUCUGUGCAAUGACAUCAUUAUUUGGCUACAAAAUCAUGUGAUGUCAUCACAACUUCAUGGCAGAGAAACUAAAGAGGCGGGUCUGUAGCAUGUUGUCAAACAUAUUCAGCCAGGUCCUAAUUUUUGUGAGACCAAUGGAGAACUAAAUCAGUUAUUUGAUUAAAUAGCAUCAGUUAUUUUGGUAUUCCUUAUUGUCAUAUGCUAAGAUUUUCAGAUUUGGCCAGGGAAUCAAAGUGCAAAUGUUUAUUUAUAGAUGCCACAACAUCACAGCCUUAAACAGCAUGUCCUAUUCUCAACGAGAAGAAGAAAGUCAAUAAAAUCUAAUUAAAACUAAACAAGUCUCAUAUUUGCAUGAAUGAUAAAAUGUGCAAGUGGUACCACAGCAAAUUAUCUUCAGCAAGAGCCCGUCUGGGGUACCAUUCCCAUACCACACAAUACACUGCUCUCUUAUUUUAAAUCUUAAGCUACUAGGAACUGAAUUGAGGUAUUUUUCAGUAGAUUAUCGAGAUGCGCCUUCUUGCUGUGAGGCGACACUGCCACCCACUGCACCACCAUGCCACCCCAAAGUAAAAACUCUAAAUUAAAAAAAUUAAAAAUCCACUUGAUAUUGUUCAGUUCCUUUUGGAAGUGCAGUGAUCUAUGCGCAGGCACCGCUGGUCACAUUAAAUGAGAUCAAACCAGGGCCCUCUGACUCCAGGUGGUCUUUACAGACUGUCCUGAUGCAUUAAAGACACAGUGUGUGCUUAAGUUUAAUGCUGUCCAUUACUUUGCACCACGCACUGAUGAUGGAAGAGCCAUAUUUACUGAAAGUUCUUGCAAUGCACAUGUUUAAGGUUUUUGCACAUGCAAACUGUAUUGACCAAUGAAAUCAGUAGAAUUUUUUAUUUUAUUUUUUUUUGGAGCAGACAUCUUUUUCCGCAUGUGAAAGCCCUUAAUGCGGUUCUUCCGGGGAUAUGAAAUGAUAAGAAAGAAGGAAAAAAAGCAUAAGCAACCCCUUAAAGUGCCUUGUAAAGAGAAUACGGAGCUGUGACAAUUUUCUGUUACUCUGACAGAAAUUGCUAAAUGGCUAUAUGACUGAAAAUUAAAGAACAUUUUAAUGCAUAAAUGCAACGUUUUAGAAAGUACAUUUUUUUAAAAGAUAAAAUGUAAAAUGUAAGACAUACUAAGCAUGUAAACAAAAUUUGAAUCUUUCCUCACAUUUACAUUAAUUUUCCAAAAACGAAAAGAAAAGAACAAGAAGAAAGCAUUCUCAUGCUCUACUGACUGAGCUAUUCCGUCUCUUGACAUUUGUAAUUUUAUUU